CAGCAAGUAUCCUCUAUGAAUUAAAUAUGAAAAUAAAUAUGAAUAAAACAGAUUUCUACUAUUAUUUAUGCAGAAUACUUUUUACCAUUAUAAUAAUGGUACAUUAUGAAAAAAAAAAUGUAUUUCCAUGUGUUUUUUUAACUGACUGUCAAAAAGAGAUGCAACUACACCUAGGGUGCAUUAAAUCUACCAAACGAAAUCCAUAAUAAUUUCAAAAAUCAAAAUGCAAACAGGUGCUAGGAAACCUAAAUAGGAGCAUUCAAUUGUUUAAACAUUACCUAAUGUUUCCCUGACGACCUUUCUAACUUUUUAUAAUGAGCAAAGCAAAUUUCAUAGUCGGCUAUAAAUAGCCAAACUCCCAGGAUGCAGAAAGCUUUUUCAAUAAAUCAAAUAGUCGACGACAUCGGAGAAUUGAACAAUGGUAACUCAAUGGAACUGGACUCAAUUGUAUCAGUCGCAGACGUAGUAAAAUUGAAAUCUGAUUAUUAUUCAAAAAACUACGACGAAAAGGAGUUGUGUUUUGGAAAAGACGAAUUAGAAGAAGUGUGUGGUAAUGCUAUUACAGUGAAGAAGAUAGACGACGAGGCAUUAGUAAGUAAAAGGCUCAAUAUUCCUACUUUCCAUAAAUGCUUAAAUUGCGAAACUCAUUUUUCAACUAAAUACCAAUAUCAAAGGCAUCAGUGCAAUUUUAAUUCUGAAAAUUAUGUUUUGAAAUCUUCCCAGGCAAGCACUGAUAAAAAUAUUGAUCACAGUUCUAAUGAACAAUAUAAAUGUAGCGUAUGUCCAAAAGUAUUUGCCAAUAAAGAGCAUUUGGGAAGUCAUCAAAAGUGCCAUAAUAUUAGCCAAUGCGAAUUUUGCUCCAAAAAUGUAAUAAGGGAUAAUAGAUUGAAAAUUCAUAAAGAGAAUCAUUGUAAAAAAGCUGAAAAUGCUAACAAGUUUUAUCGCAGCGACAUUGUUGUUUGGAAAUGCAAAAAAUGCCAAGAAAUAUUUUCCUGUCUACAAAAUUGCAAAAACCAUCAACAUUUUUGCCAAGGUAAGCCAACUAGCGACAAGGAUAUCGAACGGACCUCGACAGAAAUAUUAUUGCAAUGCGAAUUUUGUAAUCGCACUUUUAUUGAUAAAAGGUUCCUACUCACACACCAACGUAAUCACACCACAGCUAAAAACUUCGAAUGCGUCAAUUGCGAUAAGGCAUUUGAUUCGUAUCCCGUAGCGGUAUCUCAUUGGAUCAAAAAAUGCUCAGAAUUCAGUAACAUAUUUUAUCUGCCUAAAUUAACUUAUUGCGAAUAUUGCGAUAAGACUUUCAAAAAUCACGCUUUACUAUACAACCAUAAAAUUAAAAAAAGACAUUAUACACAGAAAUUGUACGUCUCUAAUGUUGAGUUUGAAGAUCAAGUCACAGAGGACAACAGUAAAGAAAAUAUGAACCAAUUGAUUGAAGAUAUUUUGGAGACUUUGCAAGUUCCCAAAAAUAUUAAUGAUCAAAAUCACGGUGAUAUUGCUGCACAUUUCAUCAAAAAAGAACCUACUGAUGAGGAUGUCCAUCAACAAAGUAUUUUGAAGAUCCCCUAUUGCGACAAGAAACCUAAAUAUCAAAAAAAAUCCCCCAAGGGUAAAAAAUGUUUAAUUACCACUGAGGAAGGGUUCAAAUGGCAGUGCGAAAAAUGCAUUAAAGUAUUUGACGUUAUUGAUAAUUUGGAGACUCACAGGCAAAAACAACACGAAUCCGUUUUUGCUUGCAGCACUUGCCCAGAGGUGUUCCAGAGCGCUAGAGCGCUAUUAACCCAUACAAGGCAUCAUAAGAGUUUGAAGCCCUAUGUGUGCGACAUUUGCGGACGCAGUUACUCGCAAACCUCGCAUUUGGGACAACAUAUGAGAUUUCAUCAGGGAAUCAAGCCGUUUGCUUGUCCUCACGAGGGUUGUGAAGCCCGUUACACCAUAAGACCCGAUCUUAAGGAUCACAUUUGUAAAGUGCACACCAGGGAAAGACCUUUCAAAUGUAACGUGUGCAAUAAACGUUUUCUAACUGGAUCUGUCUAUUACCAACAUCGAUUGAUUCACACCAAUGAUAGACGGUAUAUUUGUGAUGCGUGCGGUAAAAAAUUCUUUAGAGCGGAUGCUCUGAAUAACCACAAACGGAUCCACACUAACGAAAGACCUUAUCCGUGCAAUAUUUGCGAAAAAUAUUUUAGACAAAAAGGUGACAGAAACAAACAUGUGCGUACGCAGCAUGCAAAUGUACAUAUUGAGCAUACUUAAUUUUAUUUUCAUUAUUAUUAUUUAUUUUAAUUUCUGAUGCAUUUGUUCCAAUUUUUAAAAUCAACCACACCAUGUUCUAGUAGGAUGGAUUUUCAAUUUCCAAACCUACAAGUACUUUAUACAGUGCCCGCGGAAAAGUCUGCACCAUAUGGGAAUUUUUUUUAUGCUCAUCCUAACUUCAAAUCAGUUUUCGGUAUUAGGUUCUGCAUGACUGAAAACCAAAAGAACACCUUAAAUUUUGGACUCGAGACUUACCUCACACCUGUCAAAUGCCAUUUGAAAAUUUCAAACAAGGAAAAGUGGCAUUUUUAUAAAAAAUAUGAAAACAUUUUAUAAGAAAAUAUUGUUUCAAAUGACAUUUUUAGUCUAAUUUGAUAUUUUUACUUUGAAAAAAAAAAGAUUUUUUUUUUUUAAUUUUUUUCGAAUAUCUACGGAAAAAUAAUAUUUUUAGGAUUUCUUUCGCGAUCAUUCCUCUAAAAUAAUUACUUUUUCUCCGAAUGACAGUAAAAGCGGCCUUUUAAUGACACUUGACAGGAUCAAAAGUUGUAUUUUUACUGCCUAAGCAUUAAAAGUGACAGUGUCACAACGUUCCAGGUAAGAAUUUCACUCAAUUUGCUAUUUGAAAUUGAUGGUGACAAUGACAAUUGUCAAAAUAAUUUAAUUAUUUGGAUAAUAAUAAUGAAUGGCUCAGCUAUGCCUCGGCUAUGAAACACCAGCCGCGGCAUUAAAUCUUGUACUUUUCUGCCUAGUAAAACAAAUAACUAUUGUAUCUGACUAAUGGUUUUUUAAAUCUUAAUAAUCUUAUUAAGAGUUUAAACAUCAAAAAGAAAUAUUUCUAUUAAAAUUUUGAUACGCCUCUGGACUAUUUUGAAAAUUUUAGAUUUCUCAAAUCAAAAUUUCAAAUUGUUUGUUUAUAAACUACUCCUAAAUGUCAUUUGGAACAAUAUUUUCUUAUAAAAUUUUUUCAUAUUUUUUAUAAAAAUGCCACUUUUCCUUGUUUGCAAUUUUCAAAUGGCAUUUGAGGCAAGACUCGAGUCAAAAAUCGUAGGUAUUUUUUUGGUUUUCAGUCAUGCAGAACCUAAUGCCGAAAACCGAUUUGAAGUAAGGAUGAGCAUAAAAAAAUUUCCCAUAUGGUGCAGACUUUUCCGCGGGCACUGUAUUAAAUUUUUUCAUAGCAACAUUCUAUGGAAGAAACAAUUUCACUAAAAUAGCAAGUACUUAUGUCUGUAUCUGGAUUGUUCCAUAGUUAGGUAUAUAGGUUUUAGAUAAUUAGACUGGAUAGGGAUAGAUUCAUGAAAGCAAUUAUUAUUGUUAAACUGUCCUCUUUUUAGUUUUAAAUACUGAAAUAAUAGAAAUUUUGACAAUGACAACAUA